ACGCGAGCGACUCAUCGCAUUGGUUGCCUCUUCCGCGGUUGAAAUGAAAACGAUUCAUGCUUUUACAAGAUUCGGGAGUUGACACCGAAUGUAAACAGAGCACUUGGUGUUGGCUGGUGGGCUUGUCUGACGAGGAAGACUCGCACUGACAGAGAGCCGUCUGCGCGAUACCACUCGUUGACGAGCGGCCCAUCCCUCCGCCGCUCAGCAGUCCCACUCAGCUCCAGACUGGAAACAAGCGCCGCAGGACGGGAGACUAGCCAAGCAUUCCCGGGACUUGUUUGACUCUUUGGACGUCACCGCGCGCGUUUGGAAGGAUACAAGAGUGCGGCCGACAUGGGUUCGCUCCCUGCGAUAUCGGCCCUGGUUCUGGGGGUCGUGGUUCCGGCGGUGGCUGGGUACAUUGAGGCACUGGCAGCUAACGCAGAGACGCGCUUAGCCGUUGCAGAACCGCAGGUGGCGAUGUUCUGUGGCAAACUCAACAUGCACGUCAACAUUCUGACCGGCCGCUGGGAGCCGGACCCACAGGGAACCAAGGGCUGCGUUGGAACCAAAGAGGAAGUGCUGCAGUACUGCCAGGAGGUGUAUCCGGAUAUGCAGAUCACCAACGUGGUGGAGGCCAACCAGCCAAUCCACAUCGAGAACUGGCGCCGGAGGGACAAGGGGUCCAAGGAACACGCCCACGUCGUGGUGCCUUUCAAGUGUCUGGUGGGCGAGUUUGUCAGCGAUGUUCUGCUGGUUCCAGAGAAGUGCAAGUUCUUCCACAAGGAGAGGAUGGACAUGUGCAUCAGCCACCAGCAGUGGCACGCUGUGGCCAAGGAGGCCUGUUCCAAGAGCUCCACUGUCCUCCACAGCUACGGCAUGUUGCUGCCAUGCGGCAUCGACGAGUUCUACGGCACCGAGUACGUCUGCUGCCCCUCGGCCUCCCGAGCCAGCGAGAGCAACCCUGCUCCAUCCAAUGAGGACGACCGGGAGGAGGAGGAGGAGGACGAGGACAUCAACAUGGACGACAUGAACACGGAGGACGACAUUGUGAAGAGUGAGUCUCCCGCCGACAAGCAGUCCACACAGAAGGAGGAGCCACUGGAGGAGGAGGAGGAGGAAGUGGAGGAUGAGGUUGAGCAAGAUGAGGAUGAGGAGCAGUACCAAUACAUCUACGAGGAUGAAGAGUCUGAGAAGGAUGAUGAUGAUGAGGGGGAGGAGGAGCGGGUGGACACCAGCAGGAUGCUGGGGAGUCCGAAUGAAGACAAGACUCUGCAGGAAGUGAAAGCCGUGUGCUCUCUGGAAGCUGAGACGGGCCCCUGCAGGGCCUCCAUGCCCCGCUGGCACUUCGACAUGAGUCAGAAGAAGUGUGUGCGCUUCAUUUACGGGGGCUGUGCUGGCAACCGCAACAAUUUCGACUCGGAGGAGUACUGCAUGGCCGUGUGCAAGCGCCUCACCGUGCCGCCGACCCCUCAGCCCACAGACGACGUGGACAUCUACUUUGAGACGCCGGCUGACGACAAAGAGCACAGUCGCUUCCAGAGGGCCAAGGAGCAGCUGGAGAUCAGGCACCGCAACCGCAUGGAGAGGGUGAGGAAGGAGUGGGAGGAGGCCGACCGCCAGGCCAAGAACCUGCCUAAAGCCGAGAGACAGACUUUGAUCCAGCACUUCCAGGCCAUGGUGGAGUCCCUGGAGGAGGAGGCAGCCAGUGAGAAGCAGCAGCUGGUGGAGACUCACCUGGCCAGGGUGGAGGCCAUGCUGAACGACCGCCGCCGCCUGGCCCUGGAGAACUACCUGGCCGCCCUUCAGGCUGACCCGCCGCGGCCUCACCGCAUCCUUCAGGCCCUGCGCCGGUAUGUCCGAGCUGAGAACAAAGACCGGCAGCACACCAUCCGACACUACCAGCACGUGCUGGCUGUCGACCCCGAGAAGGCAGCGCAGAUGAAGUCCCAGGUGAUGACCCACCUGCGUGUGAUCGAGGAGAGGAUGAACCAGAGCCUGUCGCUGCUCUACAAAGUUCCCUACGUGGCUGAGGAGAUCCAGGACGAGAUCGAUGAGCUGCUGCAGGAGCAGAAGGCUGACAUGGAUCAGUUCCUGUCCUCCUUCUCGGAAUCACAGCCGGACCUCACCACAUCGGAGGAGGAGAGCGUGGAGGUUCCUGAGCCAGAGGGGAAACCGUACCGGCCCUUCAAGGUCAAUACUCUGGGGUCGCAACCAGAACCUGAAGGAGAUUUAUCAGACUCGCCACGUGCCUUCAAGAAAGGCUCUGCCAUGUCGGGUCUGGACGGUCUGAUCGGCGCUGAGGAGAGGAUCAUCAACAGCAAAGCCAAGAUGAGCAACAACGUGGUGAUUGAUGAGUCUCUGGAUGUUAAGGAAGUGGUUUACAGUGCGGAGAGAGUCCGUGUUGUUCACGAGGACCAGCUGGAGGCCUUCCGCCCGCUCAGGGAGGACUUCGGCUCCGGCAGCAGCGCUCUGAUCGGCCUGCUGGUGAUCGCCGUGGCCAUAGCAACGGUCAUUGUCAUCAGUCUGGUGCUCCUGAGGAAGCGACAGUACGGCACCAUCAGCCACGGCAUCGUGGAGGUCGACCCCAUGCUGUCCCCGGAGGAGCGGCACCUCAACAAGAUGCAGAACCACGGCUACGAGAACCCCACCUACAAAUACCUGGAGCAGAUGCAGGUCUAACCAGGAGGCGGGGGCGGGGGAAGUGGAGGGGUGACAGAGGACAGCACCGGAGGGGAACAUACUACUGACCAAUAGCACAACAUCUCGAAUCAUCUACUGGAAUGUUGAAGCAACAAUCCUGAAUAACGCUUCUACUACUCUUGUUUUUAUUUCACGCCAGAGAAAACUUUUGUUGUAACUGUCGAUCAAGAUGUAAAACUUUCUUCAGGUGUUUUUAUUGGCUUUUGCAACUGGAAGCUAAAUCUGUGUUUUUAAAGCAGCCAUCUUCUCUCCUCUCCAGCUCGCUUGGAUAUGAAGGCUCUUUGUACGACUUUGGUGUAUAGUGAACGCAGAGAUGAGUACGGCUCGUCAUCUCUUUGUAACAAUGGUUUAAAUAUAUAUAUAUAUAUAUCUAAA